AUGCCGACCGAACCACUGUACCCAGCCUACCUCCCCACCAGGCCCGACGGCUUUCAGCCGACCAUCGACGUGCCGUUCUUCGAAGCCGAAGAACCCGGCGCGCGGGCCAAAGCCACCCAGCCCUCCUCCCCCUCCUCCCCCUCCAUCUUCCGGGACGGCGGCGCCGCCAAAGUGGAGAACAUCACCCCCCGCGUCGGCGCCGAGGUCCGGGGCAUCCAGCUUAGCCAGCUCUCCAAGGCGGAUCUGGACGAGGUAGCGCUAUUAGCUGCUGAGAGAGGCGUUCUUGUUUUUAGAGACCAAGAUUUUGCCGAUAUUGGGUUUGAUAGGCAAAAGGAGAUUGUGAGGCACUAUGGGCCUCUGCACAAGCAUCCCACGAUGGGAUAUCCAGAAGGCACAGGCCCAGAGUUUCACGUCGUCUACGCCGAUGAGAAAGCAGGCAACCUCCGCACCCUCCUCGGUCCCCGCACAACCUACGACCUCUGGCACAUAGACCAAACCUUCACCCCAAACACCCCUUCAACAACCUUCUUCUGGGUUCUCGAGACCCCAGCCUCCGGCGGCGGCGACACAGCCUUCACAUCCCUAACAGCAGCCUACGAAGCCCUCUCCCCCGCCUACCGCGCCACCCUCCGCGGUCUCAGCCUCUUUCACACUUCAGCCUCCGUAGGCGAAGUCGCGCGCGUGGGCGCAGAGCGCGCCCUCCGCGAAGCUGUCUCCACGACGCAUCCAUUGGUAAUCCGGCACCCGGUUACAGGAAAGCCGAGUAUGUUUGUGAACCCGACGAUUGCGAGGCGGGUGGAGGGGUUCCUGCCCGAGGAGUCGGAUGCGCUGUUGGCGUUUUUACAUAAUCAUAUCAAGAGUUUGGAUUUUAGCUGUAGGAUUAGGUGGGAGGCUGGGUCGGUUGUUGUGUGGGAUCAGAGGAGCGUGGCGCAUAGUGCCGUGCCGGAUUUUAGGGAGGGUGAGAGGAGGCAUAUGGUAAGGAUUAUACCGUAUGGAUCGAGGCCUGAGCCUGCGUUUCCUGAGGAGCAUGGACGCAGUCAUAAGGACGAAGAGGUGUAA